AUGAUGGCCCUGUGGGAAUACGUCCUUAAUUGGUUACGCAGUUUAUUCUUCCAGCAGGAGAUGGAGCUAUCGCUCAUCGGCCUCCAAAACGCCGGCAAGACGUCGCUCGUUAACGUCAUCGCUACUGGCGGUUUCAAUGAAGACAUGAUUCCCACGGUGGGCUUUAACAUGCGCAAGGUGACUAAAGGGAAUGUGAGCAUAAAGCUGUGGGAUCUGGGCGGGCAACCGAGAUUCCGGAGCAUGUGGGAGAGAUACUGCCGAGGCGUGUCAGCCAUAGUCUAUGUGGUGGAUGCAUCAGACCAUGACAACAUCCCAGUGUCACGCAGAGAGCUGCAUGAGCUGCUCAGCAAGCCCUCUCUUGCUGGUAUCCCACUGCUGCUGCUGGGGAACAAGUGCGACAAGGCAGAAGCUGUUUCCCGGGAUGCCCUAAUUGAAGCCAUGGGAUUGAACCAGGUGAUGCAGGGAAGGGAGGUGUGCUGCUACAGCAUCUCCUGCAAGCAUACGACUAACAUUGAUGUCGUUAUUGACUGGCUUAUCAAGCACGCCAAAAACAAGUCCUAG